AACUUGCGAAUAAAUUUUUGACAGCACCAACCGCAGCAGUUGUCUUCAUUCUGAUUGAGAGUAUUCUUAUCGCAAAUAUAAUUUGUGAGGAAUUUUAAUUAACACACAUUUAAAACAAGAUGUUGUCGCAAUCAGUACUGUCUACCGUACGCGUGCUGCGCACCGAGGCACGUCGUAGCAUUGGCAUCAUGGCACCAGCGUUCAACAAAGUCUCCGACCCCAUCCAGCAGCUCUUCUUGGACAAAGUGCGCGACUACAAGAAGCGCAGCAGUGGUGGUAAAUUGGUUGACUCAACACCCGAAAUUGAACGCGAGUUGAAGAACGAAUUGGAACGCGUUGCAAAGCAAUACGGCGGAGAUGGCAAGGUCGAUAUGACUAAAUUCCCCGAAUUCAAGUUCCCUGAAGUCAAAAUCGAUUCCAUCACUUCAACCAAUUAGAUUUUUAAUAUUCAUUAGGAUGCAAUUUUCAAAUGCCGCUUGUGGCCAACUGCCAACGGUGCAUUAAGAAGUUUUGCGUGUUAAUUAAAAUACGGUAAACAA